AUGUCUGCAGACACUCCACACGCGCACGACACCGAUGGCUCUUCUCACACGCGCCCGUCGCCUCCGAGGCACGGCACGACUACGGACAGAGCCGGAGAAUCACCGGAGGGCAAGGCGAGCCGGGGGCAAGAUCCCGGUCCCCAGACCGGCCGCGCAUCCGACGCCUCCCGCAGGCAUACUGUUGUCCAUAGCCUCGGGAGUCUGGCUGAGCAGCACGAGAAAUAUCAUUGGCACCCAGGGAUGAGAGCUGAGCAGUGGAAUCAAAGGCAAAGAGGGUCUGACAUACUGGGAAAGAAAAAGACACCCCCAACCUCAAGUAACAUCUACAAUUUUUCUGGACCAACCGUCUAUGGCUGGGCUGUGUGGGCCAUUGAAGGUUGGCUUGCUGGCUAUCAGGCGAGUUUUGACACAGCCAAACCCAAACUGUCACAGAAUAAUUUCGCCCUGGGUUACAAGGCUGCAGACUUCCAGCUGCACACUCACGUGAGCGAUAGCACUGAAUCUGGAGGGGCGAUCUACCAGAAGGUGAACAAGAAGACUGAAACAUCAAUAAACCUCGCGUGGACGGCUGGCAGGAACAACACGUGUUCCGGCAUCUCUGCUAAGUACCAGCUGGAUUGUAGAACUUCUCUAUCUGCUAAAGUGAAUAAUGCCAGCCUGAUUGGACUGGGUUAUCCUCAGACCCUUCGACCAGGAGUGAAACUGACCCUGUCAGCUCUAAUCUGUGGAAAGAACUUCAAUGCAGGAGGGCACAAGGUCGGGCUGGGAUUUGAACUAGAAGCUUACUGUGGUUUUGAAUAAAGCAUCAGCUUUGUCUCUGGAGGUGA